AUGGAAGCAAGCAUCGCAGAGGCAAUUCAAGCCAAAGAAAUUGCUGAGAGACGAUUUGCGGAGAAGGAUUUCACCACAGCUAAGAACUAUGCACUCAAGGCCAAAUCCCUUUGCCCGGGACUUGAAGGCAUCUCUCAAAUGCUCGCCACUUUCGAUGUCUACAUGGCAUCCGAGGCCAAAUGCAAUGGUGGCCAAGUUGACUACUACUCAGUCCUCGGCUUAAAACCCACAUCAGAUCGAGACGCCGUGAAAAAACAGUACCGCAAAUUGGCUGUCUUGCUCCACCCUGACAAGAACAAAACAGUUGGAGCAGAUGGUGCCUUCAAACUUGUCUCAGAAGCAUGGACCGUGUUAUCAGACACCCUCAAGAGAGCAUCGUGCGAUCUCAAAAAGAAGUGUGCCGCGAGCACAUCAGUGAAAAAUCAUUGUCUCGAUACUUUCUGGACAGUCUGCACCUCAUGCAGAGUUCAGUACGAGUACCUUCGUAAGUAUGUGAACAAGCGACUUUCUUGUAAGAACUGCAGGGGUACUUUCAUUGCUGUGGAGACAGGUACAGCUCCAGUUAAUGGGUCGUUUCCCUACAGUCCUUGGACUUAUGUUCCUAAUGCAAAUGGAUACCCAAAUUACGAUGGGGUUUCUUAUAUCCCUACCAUGACGAAUACUACAGUGUAUACUACUCAUGCAUAUGAUUAUGUCCCGAAUGUAUCGUUUCAAUGGGGAUCUUACUCUGGAACUUCUGGAGGUUUAUGUCCUAAUGAAGCUGCAUCUGGAGAUGGGUUUUAUAAGGUUAAUGGAAAUAUUGCUUCUCAUAGAAGGAAGGUUAAGCCUGGGUCGAACGACAAAACGAAAACUGCUCCUCCUCCUCCUCCUCCUCCUCCUGCUGCUGCUGCUGCAGCUACUAGUGUCGCUGCUAAUGCGAGCACCAGUGCACCAGGUAACAACUUUGUCGGGUAUCUUACCAAAGCCGGGAGGCCUGAUAAGAGAAGGAAGAUUGUAGUUGGAGCGAGUUUUAGAAAUGGGUUUGAAGAAAAAGAUCCCAAACUUCCAUCGGAAUUAGGGUUUGGUGAUGCACAUGUUAAGCUUGAAUCUGAACCUAAGGCUUCGACCCCGGUUGUUGUUCUGCCUCCUUUUGAUGUUAGGAAGUUUCUGAUUGAGAAGGCGAGGUGUGAAAUUGGAAUAAGGUUGGAAGAAAUGGAGCGAACUGAGGUCCUUAAAGCAGAGUCUGGAAUCUUCUCUGGACGUCUGAGCAACAGGCUACAUAGUAUAACAGUUCCUGAUCCCGACUUCCAUGAUUUUGAUAAGGAUAGAUUGGAGGAAUGUUUCGCACCAAAGCAGAUAUGGGCAUUGUACGACGAAGAUGAUGGUAUGCCUCGACUGUACUGCUUAAUCCGUGAGGUGGUCUCAGUCAAACCCUUCAAGAUUCUCAUCACUUACUUGAGCUCCAAGACAGAUGCAGAGUUUGGUUCGAUGAACUGGAUUAGUUAUGGGUUCACAAAAUCUUGUGGUCAUUUUAGAGCAUGGAAUUCUGAUACCAUUGAUAAAGUCAACGUCUUUUCUCAUCUGUUAAGAGGGCAGAAAGCUGGAAGGGGUGGAUGUGUGAGGAUCUUCCCGAAAUGCGGUGAGAUUUGGGCAGUUUAUCGACAUUGGUCAACCGAAUGGACCAGCUCAACGCCGGAUGAUGUGAGGCACAGUUAUGAGAUGGUGGAAGUGCUUGACAAUUACUCUGAGGAUCAAGGAGUCUGCAUUGCUCCAUUGAUCAAGCUACUUGGUUUCAAGACCGUUUAUCAAAGAGACGAGAGACAGGAUGCGAUAAAGUGGGUCCCAAGGCCCGAGAUGUUCAGGUUCUCUCACCAGGUCCCAUCUUGGUCUCUUGACGGAAAGGCAAGCAAUCUUCCUGACAACUGUUGGGAUCUGGAUCCUGCAGCAACUCCUGAUGAACUGCUUCAAGCAAAGGGUUAG